CUAGUUUUAUACCGAAAACCAGCGAGACGGAGUGAUUGUCAAUUUGUCAUGUUGUUCAAAGUUCAAAGCCAGUUUGUUCCAUUUUUUGGACGUAAAAUUUGCGCGUAUUCUGAGAGCAAUGCUGCUUUGAUAGAGUGUUAGAUGAUGCACUGUGGUAGUGGUUUGACUGGUUUCCAAGUACCAACUCUCCCAAGACCAGAGGAAGAUGAAGCACCCAUCUAGUUUUUUUUUCUCGCUCUGCCCGCUUCCUGCAUAAAAGACAAAGGAAUUACUCGGACAGCGGCGCCCGCUCGCGAUCGCGGGUGUCAGUUGGGUUGCCACACUGCCUCCACACACACCACCAGAACGGCAGCCAGCCAGCCAGCCCAGAGGAAGGCAGGAAGCCAUGGCGCGCCCGAGCAACCACACCGCCUCGCCCUCCAUGACGAAGGCUACGGCGGCGGCCGUGAUCGCCUCGUCGCCGUCUCCCCCUCGGCCGCCGCCUCCCGCCGCGGCUGCUGGCGCGGGGGCGGGGGGCCCCUACGCCAGCUCCCGGGCCUUCUUCUCCAACGUGGCCACCAUCCUCAUCAUCCUGGCCUGCGUCUCGCUGCUCGCCUUCGCCCUCCACGGCGCGGCGCGCCUUGUCCUCCGCUGCCUCGCGAGCCGCCGCGCCGCGCGGGCGCGGGCGGACGAGCCCAAGCUCCCGUCGACCGCCGCCGACGCCGGGGGCGCCGGCGCCCCCGGCGCGUGGGCCGAGGCGGAGUGCGCCAUCUGCCUGUCGGAGCUGGCGGGCGGCGGGCGCGUCCGCGUGCUCCCGGCGUGCGGGCACGGGUUCCACGGCGCCUGCGUGGAGGGCUGGCUCGCGGCGCGCGCGUCCUGCCCCACCUGCCGCGCGCCGUCCCGGCCGCCGCGGGCGGUAGAGCCGUAGCCAGGCCGCCGCCGUGCCGCCGUCACGGGCCUCCGUCGGCGACGCAGACAAGAAGAAGCGACGGCGAGUACGUUCCGCUGGAGCAAGCUCUGCUCCGGCGCCUCCGAUCCAUGGCGUUCGUUUCAUUAUCGCUUAGAACCAAUGCAAAUUCACCACCGGCUGCUUGCUGCCGCAUGCGGAUCGAGUCAUCUGUGUUUCAUGCGGAGCUCGCAUUGCGGGAUUAGGAGGUUGUUGGUGUGAUCUGAUGAAUAGUGUUAAUGAAUAGUAUUAUGUGAGAGGAAAUAACUCGAGAUAAGUCAUCAGCCGAACAGACUUAGGUCGUUGUACUACCGGAAAUUGACUGCGAUUACGCACACCAAUUAAGCUCGUCGUCGUUUCCGUCCCUCA